AGCAUCCGAUGAAUGUACUGUUUAUAUUUAAAGACACAUUUCUAAUGGAGAUUUAGCAAUAUUUCUGAAGUGGGUGGACGCUUUCUCCGGCAUCGAUUUGGAAUCAAUAGCAAAGAUAACAGUGGAAUGAUGCGUGAGGGUGGGAAAUUGUGGAGCUCAGAGGGUCACAGCAGUGAUCCUGAAGAGGAUGAUGAAGAGGAGAUGAUGUUUGGAGAGAAUGAUGAAGACUCAGAGGAGAUGAUGGACUUGAGUGAUCUGCCUACAGCUCUGUUUGCCUGCAGCGUGCAUGAGGCGGUGUUCGAGGAGGACAGACAACGGGAGCGGUUUGAAGCUCUGUUCAGGAUCUACGAUAAUCAGACAUCGUUCCAGAUGUUUAAGAGUUUCAGGAGAGUUCGGAUCAGCUUCAACACUCCAGAGGCUGCUGCACGUGCACGCAUCGAGCUCCACGAAUCCGAUUUCAAUGGCACUAAACUAAAACUCUACUUUGCACAGGUGCAGAAUUCAGGGGAGGAUGUGGACAAAACAUACCUGGCACCGCCUCAACCAGUCAAGCAAUUUCUCAUCUCUCCACCUUCAUCACCGCCGGUGGGGUGGAGCCAGAGUGAGGAUGCCACACCUAUGAUCAACUAUGACCUGCUGUGUGCUGUGGCCAAACUAGGACCAGGUGAUAAGUAUGAGCUGCAUGCAGGUACAGAGUCCACUCCUAGUGUGGUGGUCCACGUGUGUGAGAGUGAAACUGAGGAAGAGGAGGAAGCACGGCCCAAAGCGAAGAUCAUGCAGACCAGACGCCCUGAUGGUUCCUCAAAAGUCUACAACUAAAUCCUUUGCUACAUUGCACACAUUCUGUCUCUCUCUCUGUCUCUUUCUCUCAUCCAGGGAAAGACACGCUUUAUUUCAACAACAAAAAAAGCAAAUCUAAGAAGUGGGCUGCAUUUGGUGGGGUGCUCAGUGCACCGGAGACUGAUGGUGUUCUGAACUGAACUUGUGGAAUGAACACACUGUCUCACCACUGCCUCACGGAACAGCCAGGGGGCGAUGAGUUUGCAACCCCACCCUCUCACAAUCAAAGCAAUUUUAAUUCCUCAUUUAAAGUCUUUGUACUGUAGCAUUACAGAUCAGUAAUUAUAUUUAACAGUUGUAAAAGUAUGUUACAUGUCAACUUUAUUACUGUUUGUCAUCAAAGAAAAAUAUUUAAAAGAAAAAGAGUGGAACCAUUUCUUUUUUGCUUUCUGUUUCACUCUGAUGGCUGAGUCCGAGUUUAUCUCCAUAUCGAUCAGGUUGGCACACUGCAGAGGUGGUGCAGCUUGAUGGGAUUGUCACCCGUGUGUACUUAUGUCUGUUCAUGCCACUUUGUGAGGGGAUAACAAGAUUUUCAAUGAAAAUUAUUGUUUAAGAGAAGAGGUCGAAUUUGAAGUUUUUCAGAUUCGUGUUGGUGGUGAUGAUGAGAGAUUUUAUGUGAGAGCGUGUUAAACAUGUUUGUUUGCUAAGUUAGAUAUGUAUUAUUCUUACUGUGUAUUUGAUACCACGUACGUUUUGCAUGCUAAUUGGUGUAUUUUAUACUCUGUGUUAAUUGACUUCUUUUGAGCAUAUCUGACCGCUGUCUUUCAGAAGAAUGAACUGACAUUUCAAAGUGAAGUCAACAGUUGAAGUUUGACAAAGGCAUUUUGUGCUUAUGUAAUGUUCACUCACAGACUGAUAUAUAGUAGUUGCAAAUGUAUUGAUAGUACAGAAAAAAGCUUAUUGAGUUAGGUUUUAGUUUCACCUCAUCUUCUUUUGAAACCACUCAGCUUUAGCUUUUUCUAAUCUAAAACUCUCUAGCAAUGGAUCUAGACCUAGAUUUCCAGUUCUGUAACGGUCAUAAAGUCAAAGUCAUAAAAACGAAAGAAAGAAAUCUCAAAAUUCAUGGAAAUGUAAUGGACAUUUCUUUUCAUUGUGCUUGUCUCAGAAAUAUUUAUUUGGCUAGAAAUAGUUUUUUGUUUUUUAAAAUUAUUUUUGAGAAUCCUUAUCCAGUAACCAUAAAUGACUGUGAAAGUCAUGGAAAUUCAACAGUAUGGGAGCCUUGCACUAGAUAAAGUAUGUUUUGGGGGGGCAUUCUGUGCUACUUGCAUUGUUAGCACUAAAAAUGUUUGAUGUUCUCAUCCCUGUAUAGAUCUCCCUAUGUCAUAGGACUGUAUACUCGUUGUAGAUGAAGCAGAGAAUUGUACACCCCAGCUUUAUUUAUUAUAGAUAUUCUCUAGAUUUCUGAUAUCCUUGAUUGUUCUGGGGUCCAUUGAAUAUUAUUUUGUUUGCUGUUUUUAUAUAUAUAUAUAUAUAUAUCUAAAUAAAAGACCAUGCAACAAAUUCUGAAGAUGUGUACAAAGUGAAGGUGUAAACAGGCAAAAUGACUAGCAAAAUGUCUUGGCCCAAAGGUCUGAGUACCACUGUGUGAAUGCUUGAUGACAUAUCAAUGUUCACUGUUACAGUAAGUCAAGUUUUUUUCAUUGACAACUUUGUGUGUAUCAAAUCCUCUUUUUCAGUUUAUUUUUGGAUCUAAACCACUGUGUUAAUUCAUACCAAAAUUAAAAUAUUAAACACCUCUUGAUGAAUAAGGUGGUUUUAAACAAUAUGCUGUAACAGUUAAGGAGUGUAAUGGUGGUUAAAUUAGCCUUACUAAAAGUCUAAAUAGAAUCCUGUUAAACCUUUAGUAAUAUUCUGUGAUAUUGAGUAAUAUCAUGCCUUGAUUUCACAUACAUAAUUAUCAUGUGGCAAAUGCUUCGCCCAGGUAAUGUGCUCCCACUGCUUACAUAAAUGACGAAGUACUCCUUUAGCAAAUAGCUUAAAAAUACAUUAAUCACAUUAACAUUUUGUAAUUCUGCAUUGAUGUGGAUUCCUGCAUGCUGUGAUGUGCUGUUGCAUUUUCAUUUAUUCAAUCUUUUUACUUUUGUGUUGGGUGAACAAAGCACUUUCAGUUAUUGAUUACCAGCAUGAACAAAUGAUUUGGAUUGUGUGUGUGUGUGUGUGUGUGUGUGUGAGCGUGUAUUUAUCACUUUGUGGGGACCAAAUGUCCCCAUAAGGAUAGUAAAACCCGAAAUUUUUGACCUUGUGGGGACAUUUUGUCGGUCCCCAUGAGGAAAACAGCUUAUAAAUCAUACUAAAUUAUGUUUUUUGAAAAUGUAAAAAUGCAGAAAGUUUUCUGUGAGGGUUAGGUUUAGGGGUAGGGUUAGGUUUAGGGGAUAGAAUAUAAAGUUUGUACAGUAUAAAAACCAUUAUGUCUAUGGAAAGUCCCCAUAAAACAUGGAAACACAACAUGUGUGUGUGUGUGACUUUUAGCAUAUAUUUAAGAAAAAAGUAUUUGAACACAUGAAGAACACUUUUACUGAUUUGUUAGAGAUCAGUAGCAUCAUAAUGUACUGAAUUGUUUUACCGUCUUUAAAGUGCAUUUUCAGUUGCUUCGUAUCACAUAUUCUAGAAUGUCUUCAGAUGGUCAUUUCUUUCUCUGCUGUUGUUCCAUUUGGAAAUAGAUAUUGUCUUGAACUGUAGUUCAUAACCCAGUGAACGCGAAACAUUAAUUUAUGAUUAUAUGUCUUUGUUCCGUGUGGUAUGUAUUUAUUUGCAGAGGUGUUUCUCUGUUUGCUUGCUUAUGUUUGUGUAAAUAUGAUUGUUAUUUGUUUCUAA